AUGGACGUGGACGAGGGGCGCAAGGAGAUCUACAGGGACGCCAUGCCGCAGAAUUGCAGAGUUGGCUUCCCCCUCCCCAAGGCCGACGUGAGGUGGAUGGAGCAAGGGGAAGAGCCGUGGGGCCCUGAUCUCCCCUCUCCCAGGCUGUGGGGACGCCAGAGCAGGGGGCUGGGAGCCAGGACUCCUGGGUUCUACCCUCACUUUAAGUUCCACUCCUGGGGGAUCAAUUUGCUUGGUUCUCCCCCCGGAUCUUCCUCCUGUCUCUCUCUAGCAGUUGCCAAGGUGGCCACACCCCCGACCCCCCGCUGCAAGCCGGCUGGCCGCUCCUACCAGUGCCCAGAGUGCGGGAAAUCCUUCCGGCAGAGCUCGCACCUCCUCCAGCACCAGACCACGCACACGGGCGAGGGGCCCUACCGCUGCCCCGACUGUGGCCGAGCCUUCAGCCAGAGCUCCGACCUGGUACGGCACCAGCGCGUCCACACGGGCGAGCGCCCCUACCGCUGUCCCGACUGCGGCCGGGCCUUCAGCCAGAGCUCCAACCUGCUCCAGCACCAGCGUGCCAGCUCCGGCGCCCGUCCCUUCCGCUGCGCCCAGUGCGGCAAGGACUUCGGCCGCAGCUCUCACCUGCUCAACCACCAGGCCACCCACUCCGGCGAGCGGCCCUUCAGCUGCGCCGACUGCGACAAGCGCUUCAGCCACAGCUCCAGCCUGCACAAACAUCGGCGCGUCCACACUGCCCAGCGGCCCUUCAGCUGCGCCGACUGUGGCGAGCGUUUCCUCCAGAGCUCCGAACUGCUCAAGCACCGGCACAUCCACGCCAACGAGCGGCCCUUUGGCUGCACCGACUGUGGCAAGCGCUUCCUGCAGAGCUCCGACCUGCUCAAACACCGGCACGUCCACACCGGGGAGAAGCCCUACACCUGCGGGGAGUGUGGGCGUGGGUUCAGCCAGCGCUCCCACGUGGUCAAACACUGCCGGAUCCACAGCCGGGGCAAGUCCCCGUUCAAGUGCCCGGAGUGCGGGAAAUCCUUCCGGCAGAGCUCGCACCUCCUCCAGCACCAGACCACGCACACGGGCGAGCGCCCCUACCGCUGCCCCGACUGCGGCCGGGCCUUCAGCCAGAGCUCCGACCUGGUACGGCACCAGCGCGUCCACACGGGCGAGCGCCCCUACCGCUGCCCCGACUGCGGCCGGGCCUUCAGCCAGAGCUCCAACCUGCUCCAGCACCGGCGUGCCAGCUCCGGCGCCCGCCCCUUCCGCUGCGCCCAGUGCGGCAAGGACUUCGGCCGCAGCUCCCACCUGCUCAAGCACCAGGCCACCCACUCCGGCGAGCGGCCCUUCGGCUGUGCCGACUGCGGCAAGCGCUUCGGCCACAGCUCCAGCCUGCUCCAGCACCGGCGGGUCCACGCCGGCCAGCGGCCCUUUGGCUGCGCCGACUGCGGCAAGAGUUUCCUGCAGAGCUCCGACCUGCUCAAGCACCGGCGCGUCCACACUGGGGAGAAGCCCUAUACCUGCGGGGAGUGUGGGCGCGGGUUCAGCCAGCGCUCCCACGUGGUCAAACACCGCCGGGUCCACAGCCGGGGCAAGCCCUGAGAGGGCGGGGGGGCGAGAUGGGGGGUGAUCUGGGGAGAGAUGGGAACGGAUGAACUGGAGGGAGGUGAGAUCGGGAGAAGACGGCCUAUGGGGACAGCUACCACAGGGGACAGCUCCGGCCACCGGACCCCUGAGAGACUCUGCCACGGGGCAGCCCAGGACACAGGAACACCCAUCCCCCUCCCCACGGCACAGACACCCCAACGGACGAGGCGACUAGGGGGCUCUCGGUGCCAGCCGGACAGAGGAAACACCUGGCUGAGGGGGAAGCUUGGGGCUCAGCAGAGUCUCGGCCACAGACAGAGAUGCUCAGUGGGGAGUUACACACACUGCUUAGGGCGGGGCGGGGCAGUGGGAAGGCGAUGAGGAUGUCAAGUGGGGUGUCUGCCAUGGGGAGGGGUGGAGGCAAGCUCCCAAAUUCUCCCCAUCCCCUCCUUGAGUCCCAGCCCCCAUCUGCCCACUGUACCCCCAAAUCCCCUCCCAGCCCCCCCAGAUCCUCUCCUCACCCCCUCAGCUACACCCUGUCCCCUCAUCCAUUCCCUGCAUCCAAAUCCCUCCCUGCCCCAUAGCCACGCCCCCCCAAAUCACCUCCAACCCCUCAGUCACUCCCCCUGCCCCCUCUAGCCUGUCCCCUAAAACUGGAUGGGCCCAUGGGUCUGAGCCGUGGGAUGGUCUGAGGGAGGAGGCAGGAUACCGGGCUAGAUGGGCCCAUGGUUCUGACCCAGGGCUGCUGGUCAAAUCCUUCUCUCUCCAGCUGGCCCUGGGGUUCCCUAACUCGGUUCCCCCAAAGCCCAGGCUCCUCUGGGACAGUUCAGAGCAUGGGUCCCGGUGAUGUCAGUGCCCCGCUGGCACGAGGAGACGGCUGAGUGGGGAGCUCGGGGUGGGUCGCGCCCGGGCUCUGGGCAGGAGGCCAAUAAAUACAGGCUGAGAGAAACGGG